AUGGAAGGAAAAAUUCUUGACGACGUCUGCCAACUCUUCAUUGCGUCCAACGGCCUCUAUGAUCUUGUCGAAACUCCUAUCCGGCAAGGCCCAGUCGCGGCUUGUUGUUUUGCCAUGCUUCUCUUUCAGUGCACCAAAGAACAAGAACAACCUAUGGUGUUGGAGACGGAUGAAGAGCUGAACGCAUUCAUGUCCAGCUUUGGAUGUGGCUUUGAGUUUGACAAGCAGGUCUCGGAAGUGUUUGCCAAUUCCUCUACACAUGCUCGAUUCCUGCUGCUUUCAAAGUAUGCGUUGGUGGAACCAAAUCCUGCCAGUAAAACUGAACGUGGUAAGGCCAUUGACAACCCGUUCAUGAUGCGUCCUGCCCAACAAUUGAUUGCACUGCGUCUUCUGGGGAUCAAUUUGAGCGCAUUGGUUUCAUCCAAUCCUUUUGGUUUUGAAGUCUUGUCCACGCAUACAAUGAAAACGGCUCUUGCAGCAUCAAGUGCUGUUGCUUGGGAGCGUCGGAAUUCGGUAAAGGAGACGCUGGAGGUUGUUGGAUGCAAGAUUGUCGAAGGUGGAGGAACGCACGUCGACGCCAAAGCAGAGUUUGAAGAGCUCAAGAACUACUUUGUGAUUCGCGACUCCAACGAUGCUCCUCCCCUCUGA